GGGCCGUAGUUUUCCCAUGCCUGCUCUAAAAUAAAGAUAAUAGGAAUACUUUUUCAUCACAGUGCUAAAUGUUUUAAUUGCAUUUCAGCUUUUUUUAAAUAAAACAACAGGAUACAUUUUUAAUAUUUAAACUUUGCCUUUCUGUCCCUGAGUUUAACUUCAUGGUUGUCUGCCACUCGUGUACACUGCAGGAAGCUGCGUAGGGACUACCCAUCUAAGAUACUCGUCAACCUGUCAGCUGCUCUGCUGGGGUUGAACUUGAUUUUCCUACUCAAUACUUGGCUCUCAUCCUUCUCCAACUAUGGUCUAUGCAUCGCCACGGCUGCAACACUCCACUAUUUCCUGCUGGCCUGCUUCACCUGGAUGGGCCUGGAGGCUGUGCACAUGUACAUCGCUUUGGUCAAGGUCUUCAACACCUAUAUUCCCUCAUACAUCCUCAAGUUCUGUGCUGUAGGAUGGGGUGUUCCUUUGGCGAUAGUUGGCCUGGUGCUGGUCGUAAAUAAAGAUGCUUAUGGCAACGCUGCAUCUGAAGAAUCUACAAUGGGUCUUCAGAGCACUGGCUCAUUCUGCUGGGUGCAGGCUGACGUCUUCUACUACGUGACAGUGGUGGCAUUUUUUCUUUUGAUCGUGUUGUGCAACUUGUUCAUGUUCAUCGUGGUUCUGAUCCAGAUCAGACGCAUGAGAGCCAAUAAGCCGUUAGCCAACAGCCGUAACGCUCUGCAGAACCUGAGGGCAGUUGCUGGUCUCUCUGUGCUGUUGGGCUUGACGUGGUCAAUGGGCUUAUUUUCAUUUGGGACGGGCAAAGUGGUCCUGAUGUACCUGUUCACAAUCUUCAACACUUUUCACGGGUUCUUUAUUUUUCUGUUCCACUGUUUGAUAAAGGAAAAUGUGAGGAAACAGUGGAGGAUCCACUUGUGCUGUGGCCGUUUCAGACUCAGUGAUUACUCAGACUGGAGCCACUCGAUGACAGUGGGGGGCCGCAGCAAAAAGAGCAAUCUCGUUAACUCAGAGUCAGCAGCCUCUGACACUUCCAACCCACCAGUGUCAAAGUGACUCCUCCACACCAUCAGCAUUGAAGCACUACCACUAGGGGGCAUGAGUGAGCCUCAGGACUGUUUCUCUUCGAGGUUUAUUCUUCUGUUUCAAACACUGAGAGCAGUGAAGUUGAAAGAUGAACAGGAAGGAUCAAGUAAAUUGCAGUUUCAGGGACAUGACAGUACUGCAGCUUGCAUUAACAUUAGCAUGGAAAGUUCAGCUUAAAAUAAAGAAUUGUGUUCUGAAAAGUGCACAGUUUUUAGAAGCAGCAUCUAUUAAAAGCCUGCAGUUCACCUUCAGGCUUCUAUCACUGCUUUCACUGUCCGAUACUUAGCAAAAUAAUAUUUUAUGUGAGUGAAACAAAAGUGAAGUAAUGAGUAAAUGUAGUGUCGGGCUCAUA